GAAAUGCCACCAAUGUAAAGUUCAAAUGUGAGUGUGAUCAGCAGAGUGAAAUUACUCAUGGUUGUGACGUAAGGUUAUAAGAGGUGGGGGGAUAACCGAGUCAGAUGAUAGUAGGCCAAAAUCGGCCGACCGGCUCAGCUGUCUCUAAGACAUCAACGCACCCAUCAGCUAGUUUUCCGUUGCUGCCAGUGAAAACGGAGGAGCGCGCCAGCAAGCAACACUCAAUGGAUUAUACAACGUAAAUCAAGAAAAAGGCUGUGUUGAUGCCAAUCCGAACCAAGAAGAGAGAAAGAAAGCACAUUACAGAUUACAGUUCAUUCAACCCGAGGCGGAUUCGUCUUGCUGUCCACAGAUGAAUUUGGAUCAGCCACCUCCUUAUGGGGGCCCUGGCCCCUCUGCCCCAGGAUACCCUGCCCCUACAGCACCUGGGUAUCCAACCCCCAUGGCCCCUGUGUACCAACCCCAAGGGUUCCCAGAUCAGGGAUACCCAGCCCAGGGAUACCCUGCUCCGGGUUAUCCACCCACAGAUCCAUCCUACUCUAACUUCCUCCCAGGACCCCCAGGUUUAUACCAAGGGCAGCCAGGUUACCAAGGUUACCAGAUUCCGCCUCAGCCACAGUUAGGAUGGCAGGAUACACCCCCUGGUGCACAAAUGUAUGGAGAAGCCCCUAAGAACACAGUGUAUGUGGUGGAGGACAGGAGUCGAGAUGGCGGAGGCGGAGGGGAGCACGCCUGUCUCACGGCCUGUUGGACGGCCCUUUGCUGCUGCUGUUUGUGGGACAUGAUGACCUGAUCCCUGAACCUGGCGAGACGAGACCUCACUGUUACCUCACCAUGUCCUCCCCAGAGAAAUCUUCCACGGUGUAAAACCGUCAGGAAGUUAACUGAUCUUUUACUUCCUGUCUCUUUGUCUUAUUUGUUGUAACUUUAUUAUGCUCGCUAAAUUGUUGCAUACGUGACUUUGUACAUCAUACGGCAACUAAAAACCUAGCCUGAACACUCAAAGUACUAAAGCUAACUUUAAAAAUAUAUAAAUAUUGACACAUCUUCGCCGAAAACAAUGUUGAUAAUCGGUCUAAAUAAUUAACAGUUUAUAUUUAAUUAUAUUUUUUGUUUUUUUCAUAUUAGAGAUGUUGGAAACUUACUUUUAUCUUUCAUCCCCACCUUUAAAUAUUUGCUUUUCAUGGUAAAGAAAACUAGACUGAACAAAAAUAUAAACGCAACAUGUAAAGUUUUGGUCCCAUGUUUCAUGAGCUGAAAUAAAAUAUCCCAGAAAAGCUUA